UACGAAUCAUCGCGUAUGCGGAAGUGGUGUUCGAGUUGAUGAUAAUUACUUCUUGAAUGUCCCUGCUUUGUAAAAGGUGUCAUCAUGGCAAAACAGCCGAUGGGGAAGACGCUGCUGAGGAAUGUAAUCCGCCACACAGACGCUCACAACAAGAUCCAGGAGGAGAUGGAGAUGUGGAAAAUGCGUGACUGGGAGGUCCAAAUGUCCCACCACAAACAGCCAGCGUGUGCGAGAGGACAUAUGCACUGCGACCGAGUGUCGGGUGAGCACCCAGACCUGGGUCGAGGCUCAGAGCGGAUGUCAGAACACGACGACAGAGAGGCUCGAUACUGGACUCGCAAGCUGUAUGACUUCGAGGCCAACGAUCCUGACAGAUGGGGACACAGCGGCUUCAAGGAGCUUUACCCCGAGGAGUUCGAAAGUGACGGUGAAAAACACAGAGCCUCAAAGAAGACUGGGCACCGCAAACUUAAGAAGUCCAAGUCUGACACAGAGGCGUGCUUGUCAAAACGGUCCAAAAAAGCCUCUCGAAAGAAGAAAAAGAAAAAGAAGAAAAGAGGUGAGGAGGAGAAGCGCAGGAAAGCAGAGUGCUGGAGCAGCGACGGCAGCAGUGAUGACAGCAGCGCCAGCAAUGACAAGCAGAGGAGAAGAAGGACUAAGAGCCGACAUAAAAACAAGAAAGCUGCUAAAAGCAGAGGGAGGGACGAGGACAGCAGCUCAGGGGACAGCGGCGGCGAGGCGGGAGGAGACAGACGGACGCACGGUCGCAAGAGACGAAGGCAGGACUCGCGCAGAGACUCAGACUCAGGGCCAGACGCAAAAAAGAAGAGGAGGAAAGACUGGAAAGCAGCGGGAGAGGAGAGCUCCGACGAGAGCUCUGCAGACUGAGGACGGAGCAGGAGAACCACCACAGACUCCUUUGUUGGCGUUAACAGGCGGGGGGCUUUUCUCCUCAGGGCCGCUCCGCGUCCUGUUUGAUCCCACACCGUCAGACCAGCGCUGUCAGCCCCCUCCGUGGGCGUUCUGCGCCGUAAUAUCUCAGCGCCUCCGCAGCUCGGCGAGCCGGCGGAUUGAAGAUGGACGGCGGGGCUUCCACCACCUGCCUCAUCAGGAAUCCUGAGGGCCGCAGGCUCAUCGAUCCGUCAUCGACUCCCGCCUCAGACCGUCCGCCGCACGCCGAGAACCCGUGUCCUGAGAUAACCAGCGUUUUUAGAAUGUAUUGAAAAGAACUGGUGCAGCUGAUCUCAUCAGCAGGCGUGAUAGAGAAAAAGAUGUUUUUGAUGCAUUCAUGUUUUUUAUUUUAGCAUUUGUGAUAUGUGAAAAAUAAAGUGAUUUAU